CUCUGAUUUCAUAGUAGGGUUUUUUGUUAGCUCAGAUCGGUUAAUUCACUUCUUCAGAUUUCCUAUUUGCUUUCUUUGUGUACUCUUAUAAUGGCCGUUAGUUGUUGCUUGUUUGCCUAGAAAAUUUUUGAAGUUUCUGCUCUUUAGUAGCUUUUUACCCUAUUAGGGUUGUGAGCAUUUGCUGAUAAUUCCAUGAUAAUGCAAGGAAAGGGUAUGGCAGCUGAACAAGAUGUUGACUUCUCAACUUUGAAGUCUCAGCUGAGUGAAACUCAUGAGAUGUGGAAGCAGGAGAUGGAAAGACGUGAGUCCGAAGUGGACGUAUUACAGGCCAAACUUAUGGAAGUUAAGGUUUGUAUUCAGGGGUCUGAAGAAGAUGCAAAGAAGGAGCUGGAGGUUCUUUGGCGUAGAGUCAAAACAACUGCUACCUUGUUGACCUACUUGAAAUCAAAAGCAAGGAUCAUGGCCAUCCCUGAUUUGGCCCAUUUAUCGUGUGGUGUCAAACAACUAGAUGGAGUGGGGCUUGUUGAUCGAAAUGGUACCCCACUGUCUGCAUGGUCUAAGAGUGUUGAUCUUUCAUCAUUUGAUAGUCAAGAUGAAGAUGCAUGGAUUGGAAUUGAUAAACAGCGAGGCCCACUGGAUGAACAUGAUGGAGCUUAUCUUGGUGAAAUUCUUAGGUCUGUACAGAUGGUCACAGAUGUGAUGGAAGUUCUUGUUAAGCGUGUCAUAAUGGCUGAGUCAGAAACUGCAAUUGAGAAGGAUAAGGUAUCUUUAGGCCAGGAAGAAAUUAAAAGGAAAGCAAUCCAAAUUGAGAAUAUGUCUCUAAAGUUAGAGGAGAUGGAACGAUUUGCUUCAGGAACAAACAGUAUUCUCAAUGAAAUGAGGCAGAGAGUUGAGGAUUUGGUGGAAGAAACAUCUAGACUGAGACAAAGAGCUGCAGAAAAUGAACAGGAGCUUUGUCGUGUGAAGAGAGAUUUUGAGUCUCUGAAAUCCUAUGUUAGUGGUCUCAUUAGUGUAAGAGAAACACUUCUUUCAUCAGAGAAGCAAUUCCAAACAAUUGAGAGGCUCUUUGAACGCAGGUUAGUUGCAAAGACAACACAAUUGGAGGGUGAGAAAAUGCAGAAAGAGGCAGAAGUCCAGAAACUCAUGGAAGAGAACGUAAGGUUGACGACCCUUCUUGACAAGAAAGAAGCGCAACUUCUGGCCAUGAAUGAACAAUGCAAAGUAAUGGCCUUGAGUGCUUCGAACAUCUGAGUUGCUGGUCUUCUCUUUUUUUUUUUUUUUCAACCACCUCUUCCUUACUUGCCAGAUUCUUGCAUUCUUCUAUCCCCACUUGCUGAAAUGCAAGAGGAAAGUUGGGAGAACCUGCACGGUGCUGGAUUAGAAAGUUUGUUUCAUAUUCCCCGUUUGAAAAUGUAACAAUGUGAUGAGCUCUGUGAAUGGACUCUUAUUAGAUUCUUCUUGCUUGAGAUAUUAGGAACAAUACAAGAAAGUCGUCACUGUAAAUUAUUGAGAUCUAGAUUUCUGGAGUGAUUUACCUUCAAAAAUUGGUUGGUCUCCGUCUGGGCUGCGAUUCUAGUCCAUGAACUACAGGAAAACGG